CAUUAGGAGUCCUCUACCAUACCGUACGUUUGCUAUUACCGAAGCAUUCAUCAAUAUUGACUUACAUUCUUCAGGACUUUUCAAGCUUUGUUCCCAGCUUUUUAUCUAACGUUUGAAGUCUCAAGUUCUGCGACUGCGAAGGCAACUUUCUACAUCUGACAAUCGCAUUUAAGCAACCAAAAAAACAUUUAGGGUUCUUGUUUCUUUUUGGAAGGUUCUUUGACAAUCCAGUAUUGCAAACAAUAAAUAGAUUAUUGUUUUUACGUUGAAGAAUUUGUUSAACGGCUCAAUAAACGUKAUGAAAAAGAUCGCGUAAGAUCUUCCACAACAUUCCGUACAUUCCAUCUCAAAUAUAAUGUUGUMAAAUUUCAAUUUUUUGAUGAUCCACAACAUUCCAUAGCGAAAUGAAAUUUCAUGUACCAGGGCUUCAUAACAACAGAAUUUGUUCUUUAUCAUACUUCUACCAUAUACCGUACGUUGACGCGGAACAUCACAUGUUCACAAUGCCAUGAACUAUUCAAGAGGCACAGUAAUACACCAACGAGAUUGGUAUCGAGUCCAUCUACAUGGAGAAAACUAAACGAACAACAUACUUCAGCAACCAAUACAGAAUGAAUCAACACAUUCGAUCGGAUAAACAGGUCGACACAUGCUCCGUCCUCAGAUCUUGCAAGUUGAAGGUUGKCGGUGCAACGGCCGCAAACGGUUCAAGUGAUGCUUUAUUUAUCACUGGAAAGACCAUCCCGAGACAAAGAAACAGAGAACUUGGACCAACUAGAUCGAUGGCAAACGGCAGCAGUGAUAACUACUAUGAUGACGAAAACGACGAAGCAACUGACACAYCAGCGAAUCAAACGAAUAAUGGUAGCAAGGGGACUAUGAAAAUAAAACCGUUUAUUUCUUGGCGUGUUCAAUACAACGAUUUGCCGCCUGURCCGUCGGAUGGUUCCCUCGAACGAACGUCUCUGAAAUUCAAGGAGAAUUCCUUGAGAACUCUCACGAACCAAAUAUCAGACUACAUGGCUUUCAACACCAUUUUGUGCAUCCACUCUACGACUCCAGCAGGAAAAAUUCAUUGUUACUACGGAGAAGCAACGGCAGCUUCCAUUGCAGCUGCUAUUGACGCAAUUCGCGAUCCCGUGAACAGCGGCAACAACACUGGUUUUGGUACCAGUCAUGUCGGAGCCAGUAUACACAACGCAAGGAUCAACACCGAGAACAGCUGCGAAAUACUGAAGUUUGUUGUCCAACUAUGGCAAAGCAAUGGCGAUGGUGGUGACGAUUGUUGUGUCAUUAUGGAAGUACAGCGCCGCCGAGGAUGUUGCAUCGUGAUGCGUCGAAUUCGACACCAUCUCUACAGAUUUCUGGCAAGAAACGGGUGCCAUUACUCGUUUGUAUCAUGUGCCGAUGACAAUAACACGCAAUGGGGUAGCAAUUCCUCUCCGGACCUCACAAGUAAUAGCGACGUCUGUUUCUUCUCCAAAAAAUCAUUAGAAAGRACACUUUCUGUUCCCUCCAGCAUCAAAGAGUUAGCAAAAAAGGAAGAUAGAAUGGCCAACACAAGAAGUCUGCUCAAUAAUCCUUUGCAUUUGAGACGGAAUCAUUACGAGUCCUCCUCCUGUGAGCGGACGAAAAGAUAGAAUGCAUUACUCCAAAACGUCAUCUUCUUCCUCAUGUGAUAGUUUUAUAAUAGAMUUCAGAGCAUCAUAAUAUAAUGGAACUUACUUGGGCUUUCUAGUGGUCUAUAGCAGAGUAAAAUUAGGUGUUUUAGGACUAAGAGUCAGGUUAUUCAUUUGCUACUUUUGAUCUAGUACAGGAAUAUUUUUGAACUACGGAGCCAGCGUCUCGGAACCGAAAAAUUGUUAUGACUAGGCUGCAAGUUGGAAAUUUUAAUCUCUCCCUCUUGUUUCCUUCCGAUCUGGCACACACUGUGGACGCAACACAUCGCUCUUACUCUCGCUCGUGCCAAAUGCAACAAGCAGACAGUUCGACUUUCUCCGCACAUUGUUUUUGGAAAUCGAUUCGGACAAUUGCAACCGGACCAUCGGUGAUAGCCGAUUCGAUGCAAGUCUCUGUUAUUCAAAUUCUUGGUGGUGUCAGAAUUAGAGAGGCAGGGCCCAGCGUCCCAAGAUUCAGCCUUCCCUACCAGUAACUCUCUCCGAUGGUGGUGAACAGGCGGACGUAGAGGGAAUUUUCGAUAUGGGUUCGUUUCUMGUUUUUGCUGGUCUAUUUUCUUGAAGCGGAACGAACUGCUAGUACGAAGUACCGUACGCGCGCGUACCGUUGCUGGCAAUCAACAAAACCGGGCAUCGUUG